UUUCACGCGAACCGCGAGCCGCGACGGUCGUUUUUCUUUCGUUUUUCGGAUUGUUUUCGAGCCAAUUCGGUGGUGCUUUCAUCUUUCGGCAUCCAGUACUGUUCGCUCGCAGAUUCCACCAUUGCUGCUGUUGCUGUUGAGAAGAAUCUCGAUCUCGAGUGCAGGCUAAAAAAAGUGAUUCGCCACAGCCACCGUCCCCCAAGUGAUGCACGCGGAAAAAUGUCCGCAAUGACGUCGAGGCUGCUAAUAUUAUCACUGCUCUUGAUCGGAACCCACUCGGGCUACGGGCUGGCACCGUCAACGUUCGGUGAUGCCCUGGCCAGCGCCGGUCAGCUGUCCAACAAGCUGAAGGAAACAAUCGCAUGGAAAACGUUCGCCGGCAUCGCUCGUGAGUCUGAUUCGCUCAAUUCGCUGGUGCGAAUCAUCCCACGAACAACGAUGGGAUUCGUUCAGGAGGUGGUCAACUCGUUUCGGCAACGAGGUCCACGUGCCAUAGUGCUGACUCGGAUGGGAGCCCUCGAGGGUCGCGUCCAGAAGGUCAAGGGUGGCGGCCGAGGAGAGUUCUUCGCCUUCAAGGGCAUCCGCUAUGGGCAACCUCCGGUGGGCAAGCUGCGCUUCAAAGCUCCACUUCCUGCGCAGCCAUGGAAGGGCAUCAAAAGCGCCAUGCGAGAAGCAUCCGUUUGUCCCCACAGGAGUAUGAUCUUGGACAACUUCAAAGGAAAUGAGGAUUGCCUGUUUCUGAACGUUUACACACCCGAUCUACCCAUUGGAGAUUUCAACCCCAACUUACCAGUGAUGGUAUGGUUACACGGCGGAGCCUUCUCCUUUGGUUCUGGAAACUCAUUCCUGUACGGACCGGAUUACCUAGUUCCUGAAGGGAUAGUGUUGGUAACAUUCAACUAUCGUUUGGGUCCGCUUGGGUUUUUGAGUGUAGGUAAAGAUGCUUCUGGGAAUGCUGGAAUCAAAGAUCAGGUGCUGGCCCUAAAAUGGGUUCGGGAAAACAUUGCCGCAUUCGGGGGUAAUCCCAAGGAUGUGACGAUCUUCGGUCAAUCGGCUGGUUCGGUUUCCGUACACCUGCUGAUGAUGUCCCCACUGGCAAAGGGAUUGUUCCACAAAGCGAUCGCCCAAAGUGGGUCAGCCAUGAACCCUUGGGCUAUUGCAAGGAAUCCUAAAGAGCGAGGCUUCCUACUGGGUCAAAUGAUCGGAUGUUAUACGAACAAUACGGACGAACUACUAAGCUACCUGAGGAAAGCCUCCCCACAGAAGCUGAUCAAUGCAGCUUCUCAGACAAUCACACAAGAGGACGUUAAAAGAAGUAUAGGGCUGCCGUUCGUUCCAUCGAUCGAAAAUUGGACCGGAGAAGAUGCUUCGGAUGAGGAACCGCUGAUAUCCGAGGAUCCGAUGACUAUAAUGAAACGCGGGAAGUACAACAACGUGCCACUGAUCACCGGGUUCAACUCAGAUGAAGCUAUGCUUUUUAUAAGACGACUUCGAAAGGAUCCGAAUUUACUGCAAAGCAUUGAUGGGGACUUCCAGCGAAUGAUACCAAUCGACUUGCACGUGCAGCGAGACACGGAAAAAGGUGAAGUGGUGGCACAAGGUAUCCGAGAGUUCUAUCUCGGUGAUCAACACAUAACAAAUGCUACAAUUCAGAACAUGAUGGACAUGAUGUCCGAUAUUAUGUUCGUACAUGGCAUCACAGAUUUGGCACGACUAAAUGCCGCCGCUUCCGGUGGCGAUUCGACCUGGCUGUAUCAGUUCGCAUACGAUGGAUCGCUGGGCAUUUACAAGCGGAUAUUGGGCAUUGACUGGCCCGGAGCUUGUCACGGAGACGAGCUGGGUUACAUGUUCCACUUCGGUGUGCUGAACAUUCGACUCGACAAUUCCUCGAUUGAGCUGCAAACCAUGAACAAGAUGACACGAUUAUGGACCAACUUCGCCAAGUAUGGCAAUCCGACCCCGUACGGCGCGGACGACCCAGUGAUUGGAAUGCGUUGGCCCUGCGUCAUCCCACACACGAUGAAAGAGCUGCCCUAUCUGGAGAUCAAGUCCAGCCUGGCGGCCCGCUCGAAUCCCGAAGAGGAACGACUUCGCUUCUGGGAUGAUUUAUAUACAAAGUACAACGGUGGUAUAUUCUAGAGUGCUUCGAAGCAGGGUUGUCCCAGUGCGAUAGAGUAGAGUAGAUGUAGGUAUCAUAAAAUAUGUCACACGUUUAUUAGUAGCUCGAAGCCAUCCGACGCGCUAGGUAACUAGUGCUGUUAAAUGCUUUUAGGAGCCGCACCGUUGUUGUUUUCCUUUUAUGGCUGCCCAUGGGUCUCUUGAUUGUUAAGGGAACCUUAAUAGCUCAAAGAACUUUUCUAUUGAAAACUAGUUUACAACCUCAGUUAGUUCUAUAUUUUGUGUUCUACUGUGUUGAUGAAUUUCGAAAGUAUAGUUUUAGGCGUAACCCAAUUUGACUGACUGACUGACGAAAUCGUGAGAAGAAAGUAGAUGUUUUG